AGUACGUCACCUUGAUAUUCUGUGGCCAGCAGUUGCCCGGUCGCAUUCUCGCGGCACCAGCUACCAUCGCUGGAAGCUUGCAGGGCAGCUGCUUUGUUCGGACGUCUGCGGAGCCACGCUGGAGCGGAGCUCGGCCCAGCGAAGUUUUAACGAUGGCCAGUGCGCCUAAGCAGGAAGAAGGCGGCAAUGUCCUGUCUCCGGAAUACAUGGCAUUGCUACAGAGCCUCUGCAGACUGACUCGACCGACGGUGAACGAAGUCACUGGCAUAUUCAACAGCGAAUUCCGCCGCGCUUUAGGAGGCGGGAAAGCGAAGCCUUCCAAAAGGUCUGAGGCUCCAUCAGCUUCCCGUGGAGGUCCAUCAACAUCCCGGGGAGGGCCUUCUCGUGGUUCCAAGAAACGCGGCGGCAAAUCGGCCCCUCGUGGUCGUGGCAAGGGUCGCGGUCGUAAGGGUGCCAAAGGCAAAGACCCUGACGAUGAUGACGGCGACGGGGGUGACGAUGGCGGCAACGGUGGAGUUGACGACGACAGCUACCAGCGUUCCUGCACCUGGGAGCCUGACCAGAAGCCCUGCUGGAUCAUGGCCGAGCUGGAUCCGUGGAAUCGAAUGCUCGCCAAGGGCUUCUUCGAGCUACGUGAGCACAAGUGGGGCGAGCUCACCCUCCAGGGGUACGCCUGGCCAGACACCAGCGCGCCAACACUCCCGGAGGUGCUGCGAGUUUCCCUGCUGAUGCACUUGCUCCUGCGACAGCACAGAUGCGUCCUACGCGUCGUGUGGGACGCGGCUAUCAACAGAGUCGAACCCAUGGUUUUCUGGAACGCCAUUGAGACCCGCGCCUGGGAGCUCGAGCACUUCGAGUUGCACUCCGACGACGCCCAUAUGCUCGGCCAGGUACCUCCUGCGAUAGCUACCCUAUGGUCUCGCUCGCUGGCUGCCUUGACAUCUCUUCGCAAGCUGCACCUAAUGCGUGUGUUCUUCGACAGAGAAGUAGCGCUAACGCUGGGACGCUACAUGGAAGAUACCACUUCCCUUAUCCAUCUCACCGUGGAUGAAGUCUCGGUCGAAAACGAUGAUGCUGCCACAUUCCUCGACUACUUGGCCCGCAACUGCUCGUUGAAGAGUUUGUGGUUGCAGCGACCCCUCCUCGUGGCCCGUGCAGGCGACGCCCUUGCGGACGUCGUCCGUAAGCACCCUACCCUCGAGACACUUGAGGUCUCUGGCGGGGGAACCGCUAAUCCGUCAGCUCUGCUGAAGGCAGCUGUGCAGAGCGUCAGCCUGCGGACACUGACUGUCAACGCGUGCUUCAUCGCUGCCCCGGACAUCAGGGCGAUGGCCGCCGCCUUAACCCGACGUCCGCCGUCUCCGGCCACUCUUCGGGGUGCGACCGCGGCGCCACCUUCACCGACGAGCCGCCUCGAGCACCUCAGCUUCGCGAACUGCCCCAAGACGGAUCUGCCGUUGCAGAGAGCCUACGCCAACCUUAUCGGAGGUGUGCUUCUAAGUCUGGCGCUGACGAACUGCAAUCUCUCCGAUGUCUUCGCCUCGGCUGCCGCGGAAAAACUUGUCAUCGACACCCGCCUGCAAGCGCUGUACCUGCAGGAAAAUCCGUUCUCCAUCAAUGGACGGUGCACCAUGCUCCAGGCCCUAGGGGUGAACACCACACUGGAUACAUUCGCAGUUAACUUGGUGUGCCCAGCAAACUUAACCCCUGUGUUCGACACCAUCCGGGAACUCGACCUCUCCUCUCGUCUGGUCUUGGGCUGGGUGAACCCGGACGGGGACGUUUUCGCCGAGGGAAACCACUUGUGCAGGGCGGCCUCCACCUACUUUGACCUGGACAGGCGCGAUCCCGAGGACGCCAGAAUCCUUCUGGACACCCUGGUGUCAAGCCGCCAAGUUAACGCACUCACCUUGGACUGCACAGAAUUCACAAUCCCAUCGGUGAUCCGAUACCUGCCUGAGGCUCUCGGCAAGACGAAGUACCUCAGAGAGCUGAAACUGGAUGUUGCUGUAUCUGAAGCCAACGCUGUCAGCAUCCUUCGGUCGCUGGAAGAUAAUAGGAGCGUCAAGAGGUUAUUCCUCUCCAACAUGACCUUCAGGAGGAGGGCCGUCAAGGCACUCGGACGAAUGGUAGAGCAGAACCGCACGAUGAACCUGCUCUAUAUCGACCUCAUGGACAGCGGCGUUGACAACUGGACCCAGUUGCGGUCUGUCUGCCGCGAGCUGAAGGAGGCCAUUCUCCGCAAUCGCUUUCUCGUAGUAGUCAGCGUGGCUGUUGGCGAUGACAACCGCGCCAGUGACUAUGUCAUCAAGGAAUCUUUGAGGCGUAACAUGAUGCUUGUGAACCAAGCCAUCCGGUUCGUCUACGGGUCAAUGCAGAAGAGUGAUGCCCUAGCCUUCGAGACCCUGCAGUACUCAUACUCCGUGCCGUUGAUGCUGUGCGAGAACUUCAGCCUCACCGACAAGGAGGCGAAGGAAAAGGUCGAGGACGCUCGUAAGCGUCUGGCUGCCAAUUACUUCAUCCUCACGGGCGUCAUCAGGAGGAGAGUAACUUGCGACCAACUGGGAAGAACCACGCUCGACGAUCUCGACGUCGAUCUCCUGGCCCUCAUUUGCAGCUACCUCAGCCUUACUGAUGUCAUGGACGUCUAAGGCGCCAGUGAGAGCCCCUGUCUCUUCCUAUACAUAUGCAACUGCCCCACUGCCUCACCUCCAAAAACGUUCGUGCGAACAUUUCAUACGUAUUCGUGAAUUCAAACAGCUACGAUUAAUAAUGAGCCACACUUCUCGUCAAAAAACAUUUCGUGCUUUUCCCAGACCAUUAUGUGACUUAGCUGCAAAUUUUGUCCUGUCCAUCCGGAUUAGCAGACUUCUAACAUCGAGCUACCGCAUUAGGCGUUCCAGGUACCGCCAUGACAACGCCGUCCAUUAAUACAGGUCAUGUAUGGUUGUUUUCAACAAAUUGUACCCCUUCUAAAAUUUCCUGCUCCCUAAAAUUACUUCCUUGUUGGUUUUCAUCGUACUCGAGCGCAUCAUUCUAGCUCUCUCAAAAGUACCCAAUUUCAUGACGGUGCUACACCGAUAGUGCCCACGGCGCUUUCCUACCUUGGUACCCGUUUGAUUACUCGACGCAAUAUAUAUUCUUCCUUCGAAAAAACAAUCUCCACUUUUUAAUCAUAGUGCUCAUUUUAUGUCUCGUUUUUAAUCUUCCGCAACCGUGUUAUAACACCCUCGCCGUUUAUUGUGACUUUUACAAGAGGUUUUUUGAAAGUAUUAAAGGGCGACAUACUUUCCGAAAUGUUCGUCACGUCGGCUCCUUUUGGAGCUUUUCCAAUUCUUCAGUUCUGAUGUAUUAGCGCUAUUCCAAGUUGCAAAUGAACAUGUUUGUAGUUCGAAAAGGGGCGGAAAUUUGGUGCUUGAAUAAAACUGUUGCGGCUGUUGCA